CCCUCCGUCUCCCUUCUGCUGCCCGAGCAGCGCCAUGGCCAAGGAAGGCGCCGAGAAAGCCGAGGAGACGGAGCAGAUGAUCGAGAAGGAAGCGCCCGAGGGCGGCGGCGGCGGCGGCCACAAAGCCGGAGAUGCCAAGGAGAUGCGAGCCGUGGUGCUCUCCGCCUUCGGGGGCCUCAAUAAGCUCCGGGUGUCUAAAAAAGUGAUGCCGGAGCCUCAGGAGGGGGAGCUGAAGAUCCGAGUCAAAGCCUGUGGCUUAAAUUUUAUUGACCUGAUGGUUCGCCAGGGGAACAUUGAUAAUCCACCCAAAACACCACUUAUACAUGGAUUUGAAUGCUCUGGAAUUGUAGAAGCUCUAGGUGACAAUGUGAAAGGCUAUGAGAUUGGAGACAGAGUCAUGGCUUUUACCAACUACAAUGCCUGGGCUGAAGUUGUAUGCACACCUCUUGACUUUGUCUACAAAAUUCCUGAUGACAUGAGCUUCUCCGAAGCAGCUGCUUUUCCUAUGAACUUUGUAACUGCAUAUAUGAUGCUCUUUGAAGUUGCCAACUUGCGAGAAGGCAUGUCAGUGCUGGUUCAUUCUGCAGGGGGUGGAGUGGGACAAGCUAUUGCUCAGCUCUGCUCAACGGUUCCCAAUGUUACGGUCUUUGGAACGGCUUCUUCUUUCAAGCAUGAGGCCAUCAAAGAUUCGGUGACCUACCUGUUUGACCGAAAUGUGGACUACGUCCAAGAAGUUAAAAAGAUCUCUGCAGAUGGUGUAGACAUUGUCCUGGACUGCCUUUGUGGUGAAAAUACUGGUAAAGGUCUCAGUCUACUCAAGCCACUUGGGACUUACAUUUUAUAUGGCUCAUCAAACAUGGUUACUGGGGAAACCAAAAGUUUCUUCAGCUUUGCAAAAUCAUGGUGGCAAGUGGAGAAAGUGAAUCCUAUCAAACUCUAUGAAGAAAACAAAGUCAUGGCUGGAUUUUCUCUGUUAAACCUGCUUUUCAAACAGGGCCGAAGUAGCCUAGUCACUAAAGUAAUGGACAAUCUCAUAAAACUUUACAAGGAGAGGAAGAUCAAACCUGUGGUUGAUUCAUUGUGGGCAUUGGAAGAGGUGAAGGAAGCCAUGCAAAGAAUCCAUGACAGAGGCAAUAUAGGAAAAUUAAUUCUGGAUGUGGAGAAGACGCCUACUCCUUUGAUGGCCAACGACAGCACAGAGACCAGCGAGGCUGCCGAAGAGGAAGAAGACCAUGAGGGGGACAAUGAGAACAAAGAGUGUAUACCAUUCAUCCAACAGUAGCCGGAAAAGGUGGGAAUAAGAGCUGGAAGAGUUGAUACAGCAGAAGAAGGGAAGACAACUGGGGAAACCCAUUUUGUGCACCAGUGAACAAAUGCUCUAGUACAGUGUGUGCUGUUUCGUUUUUCCUUUUGUCUGCAGUCAGCUGAGCUAUAAGGUGUUGGUCGUUGAUGUUUUGAACUGAAGUGCCAUUCUGACUUUCCCAGUAUUAUGACAUUCCAUCCUGUGGUCCCCAGUUUGCCUGUAAGUCUUGUUGAAUACCUAUCAAAAGCCUUAUUAUCAUCUACACUGAUAGGAGACACAAACUUCUUCCCCUGUUGGUUCCAGAAGCAAAUUUUCACGCCACUUUGAUAUGGUUGAGAGGGGUUGGUUUUGGAGGU